CACCUUUUCACGUCAUGUAUCAAAAGUUUCGUGACAAGAUUGAAACGCUUCCAGACUUGUCCGUCGAAUCGUUGGCGUCGAGUUACCAACAAAACAAAACAACUUAACAAUAUGUCGUUUCAUUCAACCAGCCAAACAGCCAACUGUUAAAUUCGAUCAAGUAAAAAUGGUGCCAAAAGUGAACCACGUUUUGACUUUAUCAUAUCAUCUAACGACACUAGUAUUACAUGAGUAACAUGACCUUAUCAACAGAAACACUGUUUCAUUCUUUAAAAGGUAAGAUUUCUUAGAAAUAUAAACCUUUUUGUGAAAUCCAAUUACUGUUUAUUUUUGUGCACAAGGACAAUGACUAUUGUGUAGCUUUUGCUAAAAAUGUAAAACGCUUUGCUUCUGGGGGGGUGCUGACAAGAAUGUCAUCAUUUGGACUGGUGGCCUGGAAAUGAUUCUAAAAUACUUAGCAGAAGAAUAUCCAAAAAUCUGCAGUCUUUUUCUUGGAAUUAUGACAAAUAAUAACAUGGGAAUCCUGUUGGCUUUAGCCCUUAGGUUUGGCCAAGGGUCCAUCUGAAACAGCAUUUACACUGGGUCUGGAGACUGGAGGUGAAAAAUCUAAAAUUGAAAGACCUGGAGGCAAUCAGUCACCGGCAUGGGCCUUGUGCUGAAACAAUAACAGAACUAACUAAGCUGACAUGCAUCUAGUUAUGACAAGAAACAAUUGUCGGAACAAUUGCGUGUUGGGUUUGCAACAUCAAUAAGCGGAUAGCUGUGUUCUCGGAUGCAUGACCAGUUGGCCACAUGAUAUUCUUUAGAACCAAAUUGCCAAAAGGUCAUCAAUAGAUCGCAGAAGGCAGAGCUACCAGAAGGUUGGGAAUGAUUCCACCUGAAGGUCAAGAUCUUUACGUAAAAGUACGCAGAGAACCGGAGACCCAAGUGCCAAUCAACCUCUGCUUCAUCAUCAUGUCUUCAUCGUUAUUGCGCGUAUCUAAAAAAAAAUCUGGACAUGAGUGAAGUGUUUCAAGUCUCUUCACGUCCGACGCAUUGAAUUUGUUGUAAAAAAACACGUGUGUAAAGAAUCAAUAAGUGAUCCAUUUUCCGUUGGUCCAGAAAUGGGCAACAUUCCAUUUGAUCAAAUUCCUUGUGAGAUACUAGAAGCAAAUCAUCACAAUUUUGUUAUUCUACGACUCUCCGAAUGAAAACCAAAUCCUUAAGCAUCUGAUAGCUCGCUAGUGCGGUCCUUCCAAGUGAUCUGAAACUUUUUGAUCUGUAAUUAGUCAGAUCCCCAGUAAUUUUUAAUGUAGUCGUUACCUGUAGUUAACGUGCUUAAUUGUUUUUUGUUGAUAAUUAAUUUCAUGUCGGCUGAAAAUUGUGACGUUAUCCAGUGGUAGUAGGCCUAUUUUGAAAUCCUUUAAAUUGAAAAAAACUAGAAUUACUGAAUAAUUUUAUACAAGGUGUAGCAGAAGAAAGCGACGAAAAUUUUAUACUUUUUAUUUUACAGAAACUCGUAUGUUAAUUUAAGGCAAGGAUUUGAAUUUGGAUCAUUUAGCGCGUUUUUCACGCCAUCUAGCAGAAGCAUUUUGUACGACGACAAGAUUCAUAAUUGCUUUGAGACUUCGAGUCGUUGCCCUGGUGAUCGUUGUUAACAAACAAAAAGUUUCAACCACCUAUCUGUCAGAUUCGAUCGAGUAAACCAAUAGUAAACACGUUUUGAAUGAUCUAAUGUCAGCUUAACCUGAUAUGUAAAUCGGAAUUCCAGUUAUAAUGAGAACAGUGCCUAUCUGGGUGGACAAGGUCCAUACCCGCGAUAAUUCAGAGCAACAGAUAUACGAUCUGUGCUUCAGCGCUGAUGGUACUCAACUGAUUGCUGCAGCAGGGAACAAAGUGCUUGUGUAUGAGGCCUUAACAGGCACACUGCUUCAUUCUUUAAAAGGGCACAAGGAUAUUGUGUAUUGUGUAGCCUUUGCUAAAGAUGGAAAGCGCUUUGCUUCUGGUGGUGCUGACAAGAAUGUCAUCAUUUGGACGGGUGGCAUGGAAGCCAUUCUCAAAUAUUCGCACAAUGAAACAAUUCAAUGUGUGUCCUACAAUCCAGUUAGCCCUAUUCUUGCCAGUUGCUCCUCUAAUGACUUUGGUUUGUGGAGUCCUGAGCAGAAGAAUGUCCAAAAAUACAGAGUCAGUUCACGAGUGUGUUCUUGUUCUUGGAAUGAUGAUGGAACCCUGCUAGCCUUAGGUUUGGCCAAUGGCACAAUAUCCAUCCGAAACAGAUCUGGAGAUGAAAAAUCUAAAAUUGAAAGACCAGGAGGCAAUCAGUCACCAGUAUGGGCCUUGUGCUGGAACAUCAACAGGACUGACCAAGCAGAAAUGCUUUGUGUCACGGAUUGGGGUAACAGAACGUUAUCCUUCCACCUCCCCAACGGAAAACAAAUCCGUUCGGAGAAACCUUUGGGUUUCAACGCUUGCCGAAUAGUUCCUUAUCGUCACGCUGGUGGUGACUAUCUGCUUGUCUGUGGAUCCAACCGACAGUGUCAGCUCUUUAGUAGCGAAGGAUAUGCUCUUGGUCCCAUAGCUGAGUGUAGCAAGUGGGUCUGGGCGACGGCAACCAAACAAAACAGCACAGUUGUGGCCGUUGGCAGUGAAGACGGAACAGUCGGUUGUCACCAGCUGAUAUUUAGCACCGUUCACGGUCUCUAUAAAGAACGCUACGCAUUCAGAGAACAUCUGACAGACGUGGUAGUCCACCACUUACUGACGGAGGAAAAAGUGCGCAUCUGUUGCCGUGACCUUAUCAAGAAAAUCGCCAUCUACAAAAAUCGCUUAGCGGUCCAGCUGCAAGAAAAACUCAUGAUUUACGAGCAACAGGAAGGCGAACAGCUGCACUAUGUCAUCAAGGAAAAAAUCAGCCAGAAUUUCGAAUGCAGCCUUAUGGUCAUUUGUACCAACCACAUCAUUCUGUGUCACGAAAAGAAACUGCAGUCGGUGAACUUUCAGGGCGUCAAGGAACGCGAGUGGACGUUAGAUUCACCCGUGCGCUACAUAAAAAUCGUCGGCGGACCGGCCAACAAAGAGGGUCUCCUGCUAGGCUUGAAGAAUGGCCAGGUGUCCAAAAUAUUUUUAGAUAACCCUUUCCCGGUGGAGUUGCUCAAGAUCAGUGUCCCUAUCCGCUGCCUGGACUUGAGCUCUUCACGCCAAAAGGUGGCCAUUGUAGAUGACAACAAUACCUGCUCCGUCUAUCAAUUGAGCAACAGUGAAUUGAUUUCUCAGGAGCCACAUGCUAAUAGCGUCGCUUGGAACAUUCAUUGCGAAGAUAUGCUUUGCUUUUCGGGUCAGAACUGGUUGAACAUCAAAGCAUCGAAUUUUCCCUGUCACCAGCAAAAGUUUCAAGGCUACGUCGUGGGAUUCUACGGCGCCAAAAUAUUUUGCUUGCAGGGAUACAGCAUGACCACCCUUCAGGUGCCUCUAUCAGCACCAAUGUACCAGUAUCUUGACCGUAAGCUCUACCGCGAAGCUUACGAAGUGGCUUGUAUGGGCGUGACGGAGGCCGACUGGUCACAGCUGGCACACGAGUCGGUCAAUGCGCUGGAACUGGACAUUGCCACACAAGCGUUCCAACGUAUCCAGGACUACAAAUACCUGGAGCUGAUGGAAUCUAUCGCCAAUCAGAAGCGGCUGGGAGGACCACAGGCCAAUAUCAACCACAAUGUCUUUAUCGGCGACAUCCUUGCGUGGCAGGGAAAGUUCAACGAGGCGGCUCGCUUGUACCGCAAGUGCGGCCGUAGCGACAAGGCGGUGGCUCUCUUCACCGAUUUGCGCCUUUUCGAUCAAGCCCAGGAGUAUCUCAGCGGAGACAGUACGACCGAACGGAUGAACAUCCUGAAAAAACGGGCGGAUUGGGCGCAAGAUAUUCACGACCCGCGAGCCGCUGCAGAAAUGUACCUGAAUGCUGGUGAAAUUCUCAAAGCUGUUGAGAUUAUCGCUGCCAACGGAUGGACAUCCAUGCUUGUAGACGCGUCUCGAAGACUGGACGCAACGGACCAAGCGUCAACGUUACGCAUCAUUGCAGACCAUCUUCGUCGAUUGGGAUCAGUCCAGCUGGCUUGUGACAUCCUACGGCGUCUUGGUGAUACGACUGCUCUGGCUGCCGCUUUGGUUGAGUGUGGCGCUUGGACUGAAGCUCUGGCACUCGCCAAGCAGCAUCCUGAUAUCAGUCGAAAUGUUUACCUACCUUAUGCUCGUUGGCUGGCCGAACAGGAGCAAUUUAUCGAAGCUCAACAAGCUUAUUACGAAGCGGGGUGUUUGGAGGAAGCGGAGCGAGUUCUCAACACACUAGCGAUGAACGCCGUGGCGUUAAACAAAUACGAAGACGCCUCACAUUUCUUCUGGCUCUUCGCCAAACAUCGGCUCCAGUUGGCCGCUAAAGCGGAAGUGUCAAACGAAGCACUGAAGCACGUUACUCAGUUUCACGCUUUAGAACGCAAGAGUUCGGCAUAUUAUGCUUAUCAAGCAAUCCAUCGCUUCACGAAUGAGCCUUUCACUUCCAGCUUGCCGGAAGCGUUAUUUAACAUGGCGCGUUAUCUUCUUCACGAAACACUCCACGGUCCAUUAACUGGCAUCAGUCAAUUUGCAGUGGUUUAUUCGUUGAUGAAACACGCCAAGACGUUAGGCGCAUACAAGACGGCGAAGCAUGCUGUGACGUUGCUGCAGAAUCUGAAGAUACCUGUUCAGUUUCAGGAGAGUGUCGACUUGGCGGUGUUAAGUAUCCGCGCCCAACCGUACCAAGACGCAGAGGACCUUCUUCCUCUUUGUUACCGAUGCUCCAUGAGCAAUCCGCUUUAUAAUCCGCGUGGAAACUGCUGCAUUCAUUGUGGCGAAAAUUUCAUCUUUUCUUUCAUUUCUUUCGAGAUCCUUCCUUUGGUGGAAUUUUAUGUGGAGGAAGACAUCUCAGCUGCAGAAGCCCUACAGUUGAUAAAAACUGAACCUCUGAAAGCAAACAACGAUUUAAAGAAUGGAGAAGACUAUCAACUAUACGAAAACGAUAGACAGUCAACGGAUCCCUUUUCGUCCUACUUUUACUCCCACCAGUUACGAGACCAGACGUCUAAAAUCAUUUUAAAUCGUGACGCUUUGCUUCAAUUGAAACCAACCGAAGUGAUUGUUUGCCGAUGGCCGUCCCCCUUGCCCAGCCAGUACUACCGCAACUUUUUGCCUGAUGUGGCGCUCAAGCAUUGUAAACAUUGCAAUAAGAUAUUCCACGCUGAUGACUAUGAGCUGCAUUAUUUACAGAAAAAUCAAUGUCCGUUUUGCCGUUCAAGUCGUUCUAGCCCUACAUUUUGAUCUCACUGGGAUCAUCCCCACUUUUAUUGCACUUUCUUAGCCAAGAUACCGUCCUUAUUAUCGUUCCUGUUUCCGUCCUAAUCCGUCCACCUCUCGAGUCUUUUUUUAAUUGUUACGCAAUUAAUAAAAUUAUUAUGUCGACUUUAAACUGCUUAUCAGAAUAAUUUUUGGUCAGCUCACUAGUUAAGGACUUAAGGACAGACGGUAAGUUCCGUUACAAAAUUUAAAAUUAUGGUCAAUUGUGACGCUAGAUGGCAAAUGGUACUGCUGAUUUCUCUCGUGGCGCUCAUGGCGAGCAAAGCAACAACUAUAUAGUAAACAAUAGCCCGACAUUCGCGACACUAUGUUUGCUUCUGUUAUGGCUUCUGUAUUGAAUUUUUCUUGGUUUUACGGACCACAUAAAAAGAUGUGUACUUAUAUAGGCAAAUCUUUAGCUAACAUUAUGUAAUCACCGUAGUCCGUACCAGUAUUGUAGUUCUUCUUAUACCGACACCCAUCUAUGUAUUCUACUAUUCUGUAAGACCUGUCAUCUUACAAGGUAUCACAUAAACUGGAUCAUGUAUCAUGGGCAUUCUAAAUGUUAACCUCAAGUUGCUGAAUGUUUCCUAUUUACUCACAGCUUUAUGUCCAAAAAGUUGCAGAUGUGUGCUUACAGGUGCUACAGAUUGACUUUGGAGAAUAACCUGUGUGUCCUAAGUAGUCGUGAAGUCAGCAAGGUUCAAGUUUAUUUAAACGCCAGUAAAGUUAUCUAUUGCGUCCCAACCAUUUACCUCAGGGACUUGAUCCUCGCCAUAGAUAACAAGUGUCAGCGGAUGAAAUGUAUUUUUCCAGAACUUCUCCCCUAUUGAGACGUCAUUCCUUCAAACUACCAUUUAGUUAUUCUGUUUUCAUUGUUUGUUGCCUUAGAUGAUUUAUUUUGAUAUAGUGUCUAACUUCUUCUUUAACGUUAGCAGCGCUUUUUUUUGGUUGCGCAGCAGUGUGAAGUACGAUAGCUUUUAAUUUCCUUUUAUGCUCAAAGAUUGGUCUAUGCUAUAGUAAUGUUGAUUCUACGCCAAAUAUUAAUAUGAUGUUUAUUGUUUACAGAUUACUCUUGUCGUUAUUUUUACUCAAAAUGAUAAUCAAAAUUCAUUUGUUUAUGAGUGAUCAAAACGAUUAAGUAAAAGUAUAAAUUGUCAAAAAUUAGGUUUAAUUGUACAGCCCCGUAGCACAAUGCCAGAGUGUACGUGGAGAUAAUGUGAAGUUGUGCCGGACAUGAUCCGGACAUGGGCCGGGCAAGCGGAUCGUGAGUCUCCCGAGGCUGAACUAUUUCAACAUUUUUUUUCAAACCUUAUUAGUCCACUUAAUUGAAUUUAUAAAAAUUUCCAGCUAAUUUAGUGAGUGUGAUUUUUCACACGGAUUUUAAAAUUUGUGAUUAUUUAAUGAUUUGUUCGUGUUUAAAAUUAACUUCCAAUCAUUAUAGUAUGUGCAACCAUGGUUGAAUGGUUAUGGCACGCAGUGUAGUUAGUUAUUAAGUCUCUUGUCUCCUCCGGUGGUUUCCGGGUUCUAUUCCCCCUCCCUCCAUGGUUCCCUUUCGUGCUUGCAUAAAAUAAUCAUUACGCUGCUCGUAGGGACAGUAAAGAUAUUGUUUGACAUCUCAUAAUGGAAACCCCAGGGAAUGAAGUUGAGAAGGCAGAGAAGAAAUUAAAGGAUGCGAAAUUGGCUGUGAAGUGCUUGACUUGUCUGACACUGUAACCACCAAUAUAGUUUAUACUUAUACCCAUCUCUGUAUGCUGCAAUUCUACAUAACAAUCUGCAAUUCUACGUUUCAUCAAGGCAUUGCAUAGCAUUAACAGAUCAAUUGGAUCAUGGGCAUUUAAGUUUUUACAUCAAGUUGCUGAAUAAGCAAGACCUUUUUUAAGGCAAGUGGGUGAAUACUUUGCGUAACCAGCUUCAGCUACAAACAUCAGCUUCACAGCCCAAUUUGUGGACAAAUGCAAAAGGUUCUCUCUUGACCAGUUAAUUGCUACUUCUGAAGCAGUUGAUGAUGAUGGUUAUCAAACAAACUAUAAUAGGGAUAUAUUCUAUCAUUUCCAUUCCCAAUAAAAAGCAUGCAGCAAACUUCUAAAUGCAAACAGAGUGAAAAAAAUGACAAGAACCAAGAUUCUGUUUUAUUGGUUAUCAUCACGGAUUAUCUGUAAGUUAUGUUUUGACACAGAAUUUUGGGAAUGCAUCACAGACAGCAGUUUCAGGGCUAGGGGCUAUAAGGUCGACUAAGCUCUUUGUAUGUCAAUUCGUUGGCUGCUACCUGCUGGAUUUUCCCUCUUUGACUUUCUAAGAACGUACCUGCUCUUGAUUUGAAAUUUAUGCUGCGCCGCUAUUUAAUGAAUUAAUCCAGUAGGCGGAACCUGACGAAAGAUCGGCGACGACUGUCGACUGACUGACGUGCUAUUAUUCUGCAAUACUGCUCACUUGCGUGCCAACUUUUCAUUGCCCCGAGGCAUGUGAGAGUUGAGCCUGCUCCAGCUACCCGGCCAGCAUCAUUUGUCUACACAGCCGACUGUACUACUACCCCAGCCCUCACCUAGCACGGAGUUUCUUGAGGGCCACGAGAUCAUGAUAUUGAUGAGGAGAAUAUGUUGUUUAAUUGUACAGCCCCGUAGCACAAUGCCAGAGUGUACGUGGAGAUAAUGUGAAGUUGUGCCGGACAUGAUCCGGACAUGGGCCGGGCAAGCGGAUCGUGAGUCUCCCGAGGCUGAACUAUUUCAACAUUUUUUUUCAAACCUUAUUAGUCCACUUAAUUGAAUUUAUAAAAAUUUCCAGCUAAUUUAGUGAGUGUGAUUUUUCACACGGAUUUUAAAAUUUGUGAUUAUUUAAUGAUUUGUUCGUGUUUAAAAUUAACUUCCAAUCAUUAUAGUAUGUGCAACCAUGGUUGAAUGGUUAUGGCACGCAGUGUAGUUAGUUAUUAAGUCUCUUGUCUCCUCCGGUGGUUUCCGGGUUCUAUUCCCCCUCCCUCCAUGGUUCCCUUUCGUGCUUGCAUAAAAUAAUCAUUACGCUGCUCGUAGGGACAGUAAAGAUAUUGUUUGACAUCUCAUAAUGGAAACCCCAGGGAAUGAAGUUGAGAAGGCAGAGAAGAAAUUAAAGGAUGCGAAAUUGGCUGUGAAGUGCUUGACUUGUCUGACACUGUAACCACCAAUAUAGUUUAUACUUAUACCCAUCUCUGUAUGCUGCAAUUCUACAUAACAAUCUGCAAUUCUACGUUUCAUCAAGGCAUUGCAUAGCAUUAACAGAUCGAUUGGAUCAUGGGCAUUUAAGUUUUUACAUCAAGUUGCUGAAUAAGCAAGACCUUUUUUAAGGCAAGUGGGUGAAUACUUUGCGUAACCAGCUUCAGCUACAAACAUCAGCUUCACAGCCCAAUUUGUGGACAAAUGCAAAAGGUUCUCUCUUGACCAGUUAAUUGCUACUUCUGAAGCAGUUGAUGAUGAUGGUUAUCAAACAAACUAUAAUAGGGAUAUAUUCUAUCAUUUCCAUUCCCAAUAAAAAGCAUGCAGCAAACUUCUAAAUGCAAACAGAGUGAAAAAAAUGACAAGAACCAAGAUUCUGUUUUAUUGGUUAUCAUCACGGAUUAUCUGUAAGUUAUGUUUUGACACAGAAUUUUGGGAAUGCAUCACAGACAGCAGUUUCAGGGCUAGGGGCUAUAAGGUCGACUAAGCUCUUUGUAUGUCAAUUCGUUGGCUGCUACCUGCUGGAUUUUCCCUCUUUGACUUUCUAAGAACGUACCUGCUCUUGAUUUGAAAUUUAUGCUGCGCCGCUAUUUAAUGAAUUAAUCCAGUAGGCGGAACCUGACGAAAGAUCGGCGACGACUGUCGACUGACUGACGUGCUAUUAUUCUGCAAUACUGCUCACUUGCGUGCCAACUUUUCAUUGCCCCGAGGCAUGUGAGAGUUGAGCCUGCUCCAGCUACCCGGCCAGCAUCAUUUGUCUACACAGCCGACUGUACUACUACCCCAGCCCUCACCUAGCACGGAGUUUCUUGAGGGCCACGAGAUCAUGAUAUUGAUGAGGAGAAUAUGUUAUUGACUUUGGAGAAUAACCUGUGUGUCCUAAGUAGUCGUGAAGUCAGCAAGGUUCAAGUUUAUUUAAACGCCAGUAAAGUUAUCUAUUGCGUCCCAACCAUUUACCUCAGGGACUUGAUCCUCGCCAUAGAUAACAAGUGUCAGCGGAUGAAAUGUAUUUUUCCAGAACUUCUCCCCUAUUGAGACGUCAUUCCUUCAAACUACCAUUUAGUUAUUCUGUUUUCAUUGUUUGUUGCCUUAGAUGAUUUAUUUUGAUAUAGUGUCUAACUUCUUCUUUAACGUUAGCAGCGCUUUUUUUUGGUUGCGCAGCAGUGUGAAGUACGAUAGCUUUUAAUUUCCUUUUAUGCUCAAAGAUUGGUCUAUGCUAUAGUAAUGUUGAUUCUACGCCAAAUAUUAAUAUGAUGUUUAUUGUUUACAGAUUACUCUUGUCGUUAUUUUUACUCAAAAUGAUAAUCAAAAUUCAUUUGUUUAUGAGUGAUCAAAACGAUUAAGUAAAAGUAUAAAUUGUCAAAAAUUAGGUUUAAUUGUACAGCCCCGUAGCACAAUGCCAGAGUGUACGUGGAGAUAAUGUGAAGUUGUGCCGGACAUGAUCCGGACAUGGGCCGGGCAAGCGGAUCGUGAGUCUCCCGAGGCUGAACUAUUUCAACAUUUUUUUUCAAACCUUAUUAGUCCACUUAAUUGAAUUUAUAAAAAUUUCCAGCUAAUUUAGUGAGUGUGAUUUUUCACACGGAUUUUAAAAUUUGUGAUUAUUUAAUGAUUUGUUCGUGUUUAAAAUUAACUUCCAAUCAUUAUAGUAUGUGCAACCAUGGUUGAAUGGUUAUGGCACGCAGUGUAGUUAGUUAUUAAGUCUCUUGUCUCCUCCGGUGGUUUCCGGGUUCUAUUCCCCCUCCCUCCAUGGUUCCCUUUCGUGCUUGCAUAAAAUAAUCAUUACGCUGCUCGUAGGGACAGUAAAGAUAUUGUUUGACAUCUCAUAAUGGAAACCCCAGGGAAUGAAGUUGAGAAGGCAGAGAAGAAAUUAAAGGAUGCGAAAUUGGCUGUGAAGUGCUUGACUUGUCUGACACUGUAACCACCAAUAUAGUUUAUACUUAUACCCAUCUCUGUAUGCUGCAAUUCUACAUAACAAUCUGCAAUUCUACGUUUCAUCAAGGCAUUGCAUAGCAUUAACAGAUCAAUUGGAUCAUGGGCAUUUAAGUUUUUACAUCAAGUUGCUGAAUAAGCAAGACCUUUUUUAAGGCAAGUGGGUGAAUACUUUGCGUAACCAGCUUCAGCUACAAACAUCAGCUUCACAGCCCAAUUUGUGGACAAAUGCAAAAGGUUCUCUCUUGACCAGUUAAUUGCUACUUCUGAAGCAGUUGAUGAUGAUGGUUAUCAAACAAACUAUAAUAGGGAUAUAUUCUAUCAUUUCCAUUCCCAAUAAAAAGCAUGCAGCAAACUUCUAAAUGCAAACAGAGUGAAAAAAAUGACAAGAACCAAGAUUCUGUUUUAUUGGUUAUCAUCACGGAUUAUCUGUAAGUUAUGUUUUGACACAGAAUUUUGGGAAUGCAUCACAGACAGCAGUUUCAGGGCUAGGGGCUAUAAGGUCGACUAAGCUCUUUGUAUGUCAAUUCGUUGGCUGCUACCUGCUGGAUUUUCCCUCUUUGACUUUCUAAGAACGUACCUGCUCUUGAUUUGAAAUUUAUGCUGCGCCGCUAUUUAAUGAAUUAAUCCAGUAGGCGGAACCUGACGAAAGAUCGGCGACGACUGUCGACUGACUGACGUGCUAUUAUUCUGCAAUACUGCUCACUUGCGUGCCAACUUUUCAUUGCCCCGAGGCAUGUGAGAGUUGAGCCUGCUCCAGCUACCCGGCCAGCAUCAUUUGUCUACACAGCCGACUGUACUACUACCCCAGCCCUCACCUAGCACGGAGUUUCUUGAGGGCCACGAGAUCAUGAUAUUGAUGAGGAGAAUAUGUUGUUUAAUUGUACAGCCCCGUAGCACAAUGCCAGAGUGUACGUGGAGAUAAUGUGAAGUUGUGCCGGACAUGAUCCGGACAUGGGCCGGGCAAGCGGAUCGUGAGUCUCCCGAGGCUGAACUAUUUCAACAUUUUUUUUCAAACCUUAUUAGUCCACUUAAUUGAAUUUAUAAAAAUUUCCAGCUAAUUUAGUGAGUGUGAUUUUUCACACGGAUUUUAAAAUUUGUGAUUAUUUAAUGAUUUGUUCGUGUUUAAAAUUAACUUCCAAUCAUUAUAGUAUGUGCAACCAUGGUUGAAUGGUUAUGGCACGCAGUGUAGUUAGUUAUUAAGUCUCUUGUCUCCUCCGGUGGUUUCCGGGUUCUAUUCCCCCUCCCUCCAUGGUUCCCUUUCGUGCUUGCAUAAAAUAAUCAUUACGCUGCUCGUAGGGACAGUAAAGAUAUUGUUUGACAUCUCAUAAUGGAAACCCCAGGGAAUGAAGUUGAGAAGGCAGAGAAGAAAUUAAAGGAUGCGAAAUUGGCUGUGAAGUGCUUGACUUGUCUGACACUGUAACCACCAAUAUAGUUUAUACUUAUACCCAUCUCUGUAUGCUGCAAUUCUACAUAACAAUCUGCAAUUCUACGUUUCAUCAAGGCAUUGCAUAGCAUUAACAGAUCGAUUGGAUCAUGGGCAUUUAAGUUUUUACAUCAAGUUGCUGAAUAAGCAAGACCUUUUUUAAGGCAAGUGGGUGAAUACUUUGCGUAACCAGCUUCAGCUACAAACAUCAGCUUCACAGCCCAAUUUGUGGACAAAUGCAAAAGGUUCUCUCUUGACCAGUUAAUUGCUACUUCUGAAGCAGUUGAUGAUGAUGGUUAUCAAACAAACUAUAAUAGGGAUAUAUUCUAUCAUUUCCAUUCCCAAUAAAAAGCAUGCAGCAAACUUCUAAAUGCAAACAGAGUGAAAAAAAUGACAAGAACCAAGAUUCUGUUUUAUUGGUUAUCAUCACGGAUUAUCUGUAAGUUAUGUUUUGACACAGAAUUUUGGGAAUGCAUCACAGACAGCAGUUUCAGGGCUAGGGGCUAUAAGGUCGACUAAGCUCUUUGUAUGUCAAUUCGUUGGCUGCUACCUGCUGGAUUUUCCCUCUUUGACUUUCUAAGAACGUACCUGCUCUUGAUUUGAAAUUUAUGCUGCGCCGCUAUUUAAUGAAUUAAUCCAGUAGGCGGAACCUGACGAAAGAUCGGCGACGACUGUCGACUGACUGACGUGCUAUUAUUCUGCAAUACUGCUCACUUGCGUGCCAACUUUUCAUUGCCCCGAGGCAUGUGAGAGUUGAGCCUGCUCCAGCUACCCGGCCAGCAUCAUUUGUCUACACAGCCGACUGUACUACUACCCCAGCCCUCACCUAGCACGGAGUUUCUUGAGGGCCACGAGAUCAUGAUAUUGAUGAGGAGAAUAUGUUAUUGACUUUGGAGAAUAACCUGUGUGUCCUAAGUAGUCGUGAAGUCAGCAAGGUUCAAGUUUAUUUAAACGCCAGUAAAGUUAUCUAUUGCGUCCCAACCAUUUACCUCAGGGACUUGAUCCUCGCCAUAGAUAACAAGUGUCAGCGGAUGAAAUGUAUUUUUCCAGAACUUCUCCCCUAUUGAGACGUCAUUCCUUCAAACUACCAUUUAGUUAUUCUGUUUUCAUUGUUUGUUGCCUUAGAUGAUUUAUUUUGAUAUAGUGUCUAACUUCUUCUUUAACGUUAGCAGCGCUUUUUUUUGGUUGCGCAGCAGUGUGAAGUACGAUAGCUUUUAAUUUCCUUUUAUGCUCAAAGAUUGGUCUAUGCUAUAGUAAUGUUGAUUCUACGCCAAAUAUUAAUAUGAUGUUUAUUGUUUACA